AUGAAAUUUUUCGAACAGCUUGAGAUUCGUUAUAAUGCAAAGCGGAAAUUAGAAGAAAUUGAAAGCCAAAAGGCUAUUGAGCUCGCUGAAAUCGAACAUAUGAAGGUUUCUCAAUUACAGAACAACACGGAAUCAAUAACAAAGAUUCAUCAGCAUGUUUCUGACAGCUUAUUAGGAUUUACUAAAGAAAAUACAACAAAAACCCACGUUAGUUCGUUAGAAUCUGAUCGCGAAA